GUUUGCAAGGUCGUCAAACCACAGGAAUUUUCUGAGCUCAAAUCGCAUAGCAAAAGGAGAUUUUGGUAUCCAUCUUUGAUGAAAGUUGAACAUGUCAAGAAAAACUGAUUUCACACAGAAAUUGCUGGACGAUCUACGCCUCAGGAAGCAGCGAUUGGCAGCGGCUCAGACACCUUCAGAUGCCCGUGGAAACCUUCGCCGGCCACAUCAAGGAACUGGAGAUGCAAACAUCCCUAAAACAAACGGGUACAGGCCCAACCAUGGACGUCAUAGAUCACUCGCUAUUGAAGAUGCUUCAAAAGAGAUUGUACCAAUUCAGACUACCCGAAGCUCUGAAUACAUAUCGGAUCUGUCAAUGGCACUAGCAUACGCACUUGAGAAUGGUGGCCGCCUUGGAAAUAUAGAAUUCCUUGGCAAUGCAAUGGUCCGAAAGAAGGCCUCCUUGCACCAUGCCCAAAGAAGAUCACUGGACCUUGGAGAGAUGAGUGGAAGAUACACAUCAGAAAGCCAUCAGCUUGUGACGGGUCGAUCUACCACUUCCCAUCUACACAUCAGAGAGAUCUCGAAAGGCGCCCAGAAGUUGAAUCAGAUCCUCAAAGCAUGUGCUCAUGGCCUCAAUUUCGACAGAUACUCCAUAGAAAUCGGCAAGGAGCUGCUGAAAGGGGCUGUCGAUUUAGAAGAAUCUCUAAGAAUGCUCGUUAACCUGCAAGAAGCUUCGCAAUACAUGGUCAGCCCUAAGGGAAAGCAGAGAAUUCGACUGCUCGAAGGUGAAGAAGACGAUGAAGCCAUAGUUGAAGUGAAAGGCCAGAGAUUCCCAGAAAAGCCAAGGUUUUCUUUCGAUGGUUCCUCAAGAAACUCAAUUGAAGAUGCCAGAGAUGUCACCAAAACCAGCCUCAAGCAGAAGCUCCUGACUCUACCCUACCAUUCAAGCUCAACGACCCACCAGCCUGAUACAGACAAACAGGCUCUAAUCAUCCCAAAUUCAGUUUACCACAGGCGAUCCAUGAGCUUUAAUCCAGAUUCUGAAGUCAUCUCCACAUUCUCUGGUGCUACUAAGAAUUUCCGUUCCAAUAAACCCUCAAACCCAAAAGCGCCUGAAAACAGUAGCAUGCCUUCUAAUUCCAAAAAUGGGAACAAGAUCAAGCAGUCAAAUUCUCAUAGUCCCGAACAGGAAAAAGGAAGAAUCCCUAAUGUUAUUGCAAAACUUAUGGGUCUCGAAGAGAUCCCAUUGAAGGCGGAUUUGAAGAACAAGGGAGUGGAGAAAGUUUCGGACUCCAGGCAAGGAACAAAAAGGGAUGAAAAUUUGAAGCAGAAGGCACAGAGGAGUCUGAAAGAUGAUUCAGUGGUGACAACCUCCGAGAAGCCUGUUUCCCAAAUCACUCGACAAGUGAAGGAGCUACAAGCCAACAAGAUCGCUACGACUCGGAAUACCACCAUCAUGACAGCGGUUAAUGAUGGAAAGCAAAACCUGAAGGAGGUGAAAAACAUGGAAAAUACAAAUCCAUUACCACUAAAUUCAGAAAGACCCACCUUGGAAAUCAAUCUGCAGAUAAAUGCUACUUGCAUGGAUCGCAUUAAAGAAACCCAAAAAGCAAAGCAAGAUGCGAAAGGAAGAGGGGAUAAUACAAAACCCAAGGAUCAGAAAAGCGACGGAUUAGGCAAUCUUACACAGCCAGUUUUCACAUUUGCUUUGCAGGAGAAGCGCCUGGAGUACCGAGAAGCUGCAGAUUCUGAAACAGCAGGAACAAAUAAAAGACUACAAAAGGAGCACAAAGGUCCCAUGGACGGAAUUUCUAUGUUGGGUUAUCGACAAGAAACUGUAUAUGACAGUGAACCCAGACAGACAUCUGGGAAUCAAAAAUCUGAAUCCGACAAAGCAAAGCAGGAUGGAGCGGGAGAAAAGAGUGCAAAAAUCAAGCCACAAGUAAAAGAUGCAAGGAAAACUGACAUGAUGUUAAAGAAUCCACUGAAGCCAAUCCCUAGAGUCAAUCCACAAAAGAAGAUGCUACAAAGGAACCAGAACCUUGUUGCCGGUAAGAAAAGCUCAACAGAAACUCCCAAUGCAAUGCAACCCAAAGAAAAUGGGAGUUCAACUUACUUUGAGUCCAACAUGAAGAAAUCAGCAAAUGGGAGCUUGGAGGAACAAAGACUCCUAGCUCAAAAAACUAAUGCAGAAAGAAUCGCAGCUCUGAUUCUCCCAGUUGGGACUAACAAGGCUGUGCACCCUCCAUCUGUACACAAGGUGGACACUGAACACGUAGAAGCCCAAGAAAGCAAGAAGCACGUAAAGACCAAGGACACAAGAAAUAGAAUGGCUGGAUCUCCCCAAGCCACCGCGCAGCAAAUCAAGCAGAAGCCUUCAGUCCUACAAGAACUAAAACAUAGAAGGCAUGAGGGGAUCACUAAGGUCAAAGAAGCAAUAAUAAGCAUCCACCAGCCCACGAAAUUGGAGAAACAUUUGCAGCGGAAAGAUGCCCCUGCUUCCACUCCAUGUGAUCAUGUUGGAGAUGAUUGCAGAACGCCAAAAGAAACAGAAAAGAAUAUAGCUGCAAAUUCAAAUAGACAUUACAUAAACAGCAAAGGUCCUGCUGUGCUACCACUCCCAGAAAUUUCUCUUGGUGGAUAUCAAGCACUAAAGUCUGACUUCCAAGCAAUUCAAUCCAGAGUUACAGGAACAGACAAUGGUAACAUAAUUGGCAACAACUCUUUAAGGGAGCAGCUCCAACCAAAUACCAAGCCUGAGAUACAAGGAGGAUCACUCACGAAGCAUGAAAACCACCUUAAGCAGAUAUUAGUGAAAAGUCAACACUUCCUUAACACUGCAGAAGCUCUUUUCAGACUCCAAAUUCCUUUUGAUAUUUUCCAUGCCAGUCGCAAUAAACGGGAAGAUAAAGAGAACAAGCUUUUGUUAGAUUGUGCAUAUGAAAUAAUGAAAAGAAAAGGUGACAUAGAAGAGCUAGGUUUCCAUUCUUCUGUGGGAAUGCCCAUUGUAUCUAUGAAGUUGAAAUGCUUAGAUGAUUUGGUUAAGCAGUUGCAUGAAGACCUGGAGCAUUUAGAAUUCCGUGGUGAGACAGGGGGUGAUAAUUAUGAUGCUGCUGCCACCUUCCUGCAUGAGACACUCAAAGGAGACAUCGAAAACAGGAAGCCAGAUGUGAAUUGUAUGUGGGAUUUUGGUUGGAAUGAAAUGAUGUUUGUGUAUCUUGAAAAGGAUGAGGUUGUAAAGGAUGUUGAGAAGCAUGUAUUGAAUAGGCUCAUUGAUGAGAUUACUGGAGAUCUUUUACAUGCAAGUAUUGAGAAAAGCUACUAUAAAGCCGCAAGCUGAUGAGGUUAGCACUGGGUUUCUGCUCCAUUAAGUCAGCAUAAAAGGUGUUAGUAGUUUGCCACUUUUACAGUACACCUACCUGAGUAGAGCUGAAAGCAAGAAAGGUGGCCUCUAUGUUAUAUGGAUUAUAGACAAUUAAUCGUGUGUAAAAUAAGUUGUCUCAUAUCUUUCUAUUUUUGUCAGUCUCCAUAAAAGUAUAAUUUAUGAAGAGUGAGUUCUUGGUCCAAUGUACUA